AUGGAUGAAGGGUUAGCCGAAGCAUGUUCCCAGUUACGCCUAACCGAGGAUGAGCAGAUUACCAUAACUCUUGAGGAUGUUGUUGAUGAUUAUGCGGAAGAGAAAGCGGAGUUAAGUCUGGUUGGAAAGUUGUUGACAAGAAAACCUUAUAAUCUGAACCAUCUUAAGAACGCGAUGCUGAGCGCAUGGAAACUUACGAAAGGUGUUAUUAUCAGAGAUGUUGGGGAUGAACUUUUUGUUUGUGAAUUUUUUUCCAAGAACGAUAGGUGCAGAAUUAUGGCUGAUGGUCCAUGGAAUUUUGAUAAGCAAUUGAUAUUGCUUGAACCUAUGUCGGGUAAUAUGCAGCCUAACAACAUGAUUUUAAAACUCUGUCAGGUCUGGGUUAGAAUUUAUAACCUUCCCAUGAACUGCAGGGGCAAAGCUGCUAUUAGUAAGAUUGGGACAAAAGCGGGGAGAGUUCUUGAGGUGGAUGGAGAUAAGGGAGAUAGUAAUCGCUACGAGAGAGUCAGGGUUCAGUUAGACGUAUCAAAACCGAUCAUUAGAGGUACGAAAGUCAUUAAUCCGCUCGGAGAUAUAUGUUGGAUCCCAUUCAAAUACGAAAGAAUUCAAAACUUUUGUUAUUGGUGUGGCUUGCUGGAUCACUUGGUAGCUGACUGUGAGGAGAAGCCGGAGGAAACGGAGGUGUCUGAGUGGCCCUAUGGACCAACGUUACGAGCUACCCCCCGUAAACGCAACUUAAUGGGUAACAAAUUAGGUUAUAACAUGAAGAACAGGGUUGGAGAGGGUAUACCUGGAUCGGGGUCCCCAGGGAAUAGUGGAAGUUUCACAGGGACAAGAAGGGUGCUGAAUCUCAACCCAAAAACAGGAGUUGGGGUAGCGAUCAGAGAUGGUGAACUGGUACAUCAGAAUGACGCAGGUUUGCAUGAAGAAGCAGAAUUGCAUGAGAUUACUAGCGCAAUUAAUCAAGAUGUGUUGGCUGAAGAAACAAGGGGUCAGCUAGAUGGUCUUGUGGAUGUAUGCAUUCACCAAAUUCAGUCCAAUACCACAUCUAACACAGGGGUUAAUUUACCUGAUUUGGUUGGCAAUGUGAAGCCGGCUGCAAAAGGGGUGAAAGAGGGGUCUUGGACCCGGAUUAAAACUAGUAGAAUGGGUGGAAAAUCGGAGGUUGGCAGCUCCAGCAAGAAAGGCAUGUCAAAAAGAAAUCGGAGUUUACUCCAAGGAGAGGAUUCUGAUAACCUUUUCUCAAAGAAAGUUAGAGAUGGGUUGUCAGAACGGUUCGACAAUAUUGAGAUAUCGGCGGAGACUGACGUUCAGUCCCGCCGGAUGCAAUGA